AAGAAAACCACCACCAAGUUGAGAAACCAACUAGAGGUUUACUUGAUGGAUUCCAUGAAGUCUAACAAGAUCACAGAUAUCGUUAGGCUUCAACAAAUCCUCAAGAAGUGGAAGAAGGUGGCCAAUGCUUCCAAGAACAACAAAGCUUCUAUUGCUACUGCUUCAAUGUCUCAUUCUGCAAGCAAUAGCAGUACUAGUGGAAGCAAAGGCAUCAAGUUCUUGAAAAGAACUCUGUCCUUCACAGAUGUUUCUAGCUCGAAUGAGACUGUCCCUAAAGGGUUUCUAGCUGUUUGUGUAGGAAAAGAGCUCAAGAGAUUCAUUAUCCCAACAGACUACUUGAGACACCAAGCUUUUGAGAUGCUGUUGAGAGAAGCUGAAGAGGAGUUUGGUUUCCAACAGGAGGGAGUGCUCAAGAUUCCUUGCCAUGUAUCAGUGUUUGAGAAAGUGUUGAAGGUCAUGCAAGGCAAAACAGAAGCAUUCUUGUCCCAAGACAAGGACAAGAUGAUUACUUGUUAUAUUUCAGAUUGUGAUGCUACUUCAUCCUCACAUCAAGCUCAAAUGUGUAGAUGAAACGUAUAUUGGUCUUUUCUUUCGUUUUUUUUUUAAUUUUUCUUGGGGGGGUCUCUUUUUAUCCUUUCUUUUGUUUUUGUGAUAGGAUGUGCAUUAGAGAGGAAAGCUUAGAUUUUGGACGUAGAAUAAAGCCUAGUUACCUAAAUGCCUUCUCUUUUGCUAGAAAUAUUAGCAGCAAAUGCAAGUAUUUCCAUUAGCUGUUAAUGCAAUGCCUUGUACAAUCUCAACAAAACGAUGACGUGCAGGAGUGAUUGUGCUGCACAUGACUUGAAACAUCGGGAUCCCCUCCCAUGAUU